UUGUGCUUUUCUUUCUCUAAAGGUGAAGCCAAUGGACAAGGAGGAGGACAAAGAUCACAAACCCCCAGACAAUGAGAGAAGCAGUACAGAGGACUGUCUGAAGAAAAAGGAAAAAGAAGCCAAGCGUGUUAUCAAAACUAUCCAGUGGACCACAGGCAACAACUUCACAGUGGAGAGAGGGCGACAGCAGAUUGAAGAACUCAUUUCUACAUGGGACAUUCAUGAGAGCUGGCUUCACCACUCAGAAUUUCUUGAGGAAGAAGAACUGGAGGACAGCAAGAGGUACCAUUACAGAGCUUGCUGGGGCAUCCCAACACGCCGAAAACCCAUCCCACGAGCAACAGCAAGCGUCUACUUUGUUAUAGUGAUCUCCAAACUCAAACCUGACACCUCGCCUGUGGAGGUUUUCUUCAGACUGGAGUCCAGCAGGCUGAUUCGCAGGCCAGAAGAGUGUCAGUUUAGAGAAAAGUGGCUUCAGGACAUUAUUGAAAAUAAAAUAAUCCUCAUAGAAAGACUUAGUUCCCAAUGAGCAGCUCCAAUUCACCAUCACCAAUGCUCCGUUUUGGAGAACCAAAUAAACACAAUGAAGAAAGAAAGGCUCUUCCUUAGCAGCAUUUCUGCUUUGUGGAUACAUAAAAAGCAUCAAACCUGUGCCAAAUCAACGAUGCCCUGACAUGGCAGUUGGCUUUAUGGGACGGUUGCUGGCAGGUAUGGGUGGGUACACCAGGAUGGAACCAGGUUCCAGAGUGUAAAUGGGAAGAGACAGCUGGGAGGGAUUUGCUGGUCUGUGGAACUAUAGGGAAAACAUUAUAGGACUUUAGGACUUUUAUCUUCUUUGCACCAAUAUACGAGACAUCUCUGCUGCCCAACUUAGGGGAACAAAA